AGUGUGACACAGUGGUGCUCGGCGACGUCGCUCGGACUCGGUCCUCCCAGCAGCCCGUCGGAGGAGCUGAAGCGCCGCUCGCGCUCGCUGGGCGUGACAGCUGCCUGCCGGCGAAGAGCCAGCAGGUCUCCAGCUUGCUGCGAGGAAUAGGCCGGACCACCAGCGUGUCGUGUGGAGUGCGUUUGCGUGCGCUGGGGGUGUGGGGACCGUGUAGAACUCAAGGCAGGCGGGUGAACAGUGCUCUCGCGGCGUGACCAUGAACGGCGUGCACAAUUCCUCCAACGGAAGCCAGCGGAACGGACGGAGCAGGGUCGUCGGCCGCGUUCGUCGCCGGAUGGUUGGCAACAAGUAUGAGCACCUGUACAAGAUCCUCAUCAUCGGUGAGCUGGGCACCGGCAAGACGUCCAUCAUCAAGCGCUAUGUACACCAGUUCUUCUCGGCCCACUACCGGGCCACCAUCGGGGUCGACUUCGCGCUCAAGGUGCUCCACUGGGACCCCAACACCAUCAUCCGGCUGCAGCUUUGGGACAUCGCCGGUCAGGAGCGUUUCGGAUCCAUGACCAGGGUGUACUACAAGGAGGCAGUGGCGGCUUUUAUCGUGUUCGACGUCUCAAGAUCGGUCACCUUCGACGCCAUCAUGAAGUGGAAGAACGACCUGGACGAGAAGGUGCAGCUGCCCAGCGGCGAGCCAGUGCCUUGCGUGCUGCUGGCGAACAAGAGUGACCUGACGAAGGAAGGUCUGGUAGCCAGCCCGGAGAAGAUGGCCGAGUGGGUGGAGCAGCACGGUUUCGCGGGCUGGUUCGAGACCUCCGCCAAGGAGAACACCGGCAUCGAGGAGGCUUCCAACUUCCUUGUCACCAAGAUUCUGGCCCACGAAAAGAGCGGCAACCUGGCGUCGGAGGGCGAGGACGCCGACAUGCUAGCCAUCAGCGACGGCCAGCCGUCCAGCAGGGGCUGCGGCUGCUAGUGCUGACGCCGCGGCGGCGCCGGCACUCGGCGCCGCUGCGCCGGCUCCAGCGGCCCCAGCGGCGCAGCGGCCGGGGCGGGGUUGUGGCUCCUAGCGCGGGCCCAUCCGCCGCCGCCGCGCCGGCUCCAGAGGCCUCAGCGGCGCAGCGGCCGGGGCGGGGUUGUGGCUCCUAGCGCGGGCCCAUUCGCCGCCGCCGCCGCCGGCUCGUCGGCGGCGGCGGCGGCGGCGGGUGACGGGCGGCGCGCCGGUCGACCGACAGCGGUGGUGAGCACGUGUGGCGAGCGGGCAGUAACUGGACUGCGGGGCGCAGAAGGACGCGUGGUGCAGAGGCCGCCGAGGGCCGCCGGCACCGGCGCGGAGGCCGCCGAAAGCCGCCGGCGCCGGGCCCGGAGGACCACUGGAACUGUGUUCAGGCGGCUCAGGUGUGCUCCCCGUCAAGACUCGCGGACCACUAGAGCGGUGCCAAGCCGCUCAGGCGUGGUCCAGCGCGCGACGGACCGCAUCUUUUACUCCAUGCCAGUUCAUGUGCUGCCAACAUCGUUAAUACAACACAGUGCAAGUUAGGUUAACAUACUGGGAUAGUACUCUUUUACUUGUCCGAUUGUUUUGGUAUUUUAGACGGUUUUAGAAUAGGCCUAGGAAUACAACCAUCUAUAUGCA